CUGAGCAGAGCUGAAGGCUGCAUGGUGGUUUCAGAAACUGCCUACUUAAUUUGAAAAGAACAAUGGUAGGAAAAGCUAGAUCUUCCAAUUUUACCUUAUCUGAAAAGCUUGAUUUGUUAAAGCUUGUGAAGCCAUAUGUUAAAAUUCUGGAAGAACACACUAACAAACAUUCAGUAAUAGUGGAAAAGAAUAGAUGUUGGGAUAUCAUAGCAGUUAACUAUAAUGCAAGUGGAGUAGACCGCCCUCCUCGAACAGCGCAGGGCCUACGCACUCUUUACAAAAGGCUCAAAGAAUAUGCCAAACAGGAGCUAUUGCAGCAAAAAGAGACCCAAUCAGAUUUUAAAAGCAAUAUUUCUGAGCCAACCAAGAAAGUUAUGGAGAUGAUUCCCCAGAUUUCCAGUUUUUGCCUGAUAAGAGACAGGAACCACAUACAAAGUGCAAACUUGGAUGAGGAAGCACAGGCUGGUACAAGUUCACUACAGGUAAUGUUGGACCACCAUCCAGUUGCUAUUACAGUGGAGGUGAAGCAAGAAGAAGACAUUAAGCCCCCUCCUCCACUGGUUUUAAAUUCUCAACAGAGUGAUACUUUAGAGCAAAGAGAAGAACAUGAAUUAGUACAUGUUAUGGAAAGAUCUUUGUCACCGUCACUUUCCUCUGUUGAUAUGAGAAUGACAUCGUCUCCAUCUUCUAUCCCAAGGAGAGAUGAUUUUUUUCGGCAUGAAAGUGGAGAAAAUUUUAGGUCACAGUUAGGGUAUGAUCCUCAGAUUCUGCAAAUGCUGAAAGAGGAGCAUCAGAUAAUUUUAGAAAAUCAAAAAAAUUUUGGAUUAUAUGUUCAGGAGAAGAGGGAUGGAUUGAAAAGAAGGCAGCAGCUAGAGGAAGAGCUGCUAAGAGCAAAAAUUGAAGUGGAGAAGCUGAAAGCAAUUCGCUUACGGCAUGAUCUAUCUGAAUAUAAUAGUCUCUAAGAUUUUUUUUUGCAGUCUUGCAAUUUGAUAAUUUUAAUUUUGGCCAAAUUACUUUCAUUUGGGAAUAUCCUGAAGCAGAGUACAUAUUCUUUUUUUUUUUUGUGGCCACGCCGCACGGCAUGUUAUGAUCUUAGUUCCCUGACCAGGGAUCGAACCCACACCCCCUGCAGUGGAAGCACAGAGUCUUAACCACUGGACCACCGGGGAAGUCCCAGAGUACAUAUUCUUAAAAAAUAUUGUUAAUCUCUAUUAUGAAAAAGGCUUUUUUGACAGGAUUUUCUAAUUAAUUAAUUUUCCUUUGAUAUAUAUUAAAACGCUGAUUGGUAUGGUUAUAAAUUUUUUUGUCUUCCUCUAAUUUUUUUCCUAAGAUGUUUUAAUUGUUGGCCUUACAAAAGAUGUUUUAUUUUGGUUAUUAACAUAUAUAUAAAUAACAUAUAUAAAUACAUAAGUAUUCUUUCAAAGUUCUGAAUCUUCAGCAUUUUUAAUUAGCACUUUGAAAGCUGUAUGUAGUUCAAAGUUUUUAAGUCAAUCUAAUUUAGAAGCAAUACUAGCCUAAUAGAAGCUUGUCUGUAUGACAUUGAUUUUUAUGCUUUCAUUCUUUGACAGAGUAAGUCCAAGGAUUUUAGGGAUGGAAGGUAUUUGGAGAACACUUUUUCCCACCUCAGUUUUGAGGUAAUGAAACCGAGGUCCAGGGAGAACUCAAUGAUUUACUUGAUGUAACAAAGCUCUUUAUGGCAGAGCAAUGACCAGCACUCAGUUUUUGUUUCUCUGUAAUUUUUUUCCCCCUGCCAUUCCACAGAAGUAAAAAUCCACAAAAAUAUCCUACAUGUUAAAAAAUUAGAAACAUUUAUUUCAUUAAAAUUGCUUUUAAAAAUUGGUGGGUUAUGAAAUCAGGGGAAUUGUGUCAAUUACCCCCUUCCUGAACCUCCUCCUUUUUUUGUCCAGCAAAAUAAGAUAUUCUAUUGGAGCUGUUACAUAUUUUGACUACAAGAUUUAAUACGUCAAUUCAUUUGCAAUGUCUUAGUCUGAAAAAGAUUUCUUUCACAGUAAAAUCACAGUAAAAACUUUAAUGAACAAAAUUAAAAUUUUAUUUAGAAUAAAAAUAGCAAAAAUUAUAUGUUUAUAAUUUAUGAUAUCUAUAGUCUUUUAUGUUUUUGUAAAUAUUGCUAUUUUAGUGUUUGUGGAAAUAAAACCUUGAUUCUUAAAGCACACAUAGACAUUUAUGUUAAAUCUUUAAUAUGUUUAUUACUUAAGGAUUUCUAUUUUUGCUGGGACUGUGUUGAGGAAGGAUAUUCAAGCCAAGCUUUAGAAUGGGGUAGGUAGGAUUUCAGCCGUAUUGGGGAGAAAGGAUGUUUAUGCCAGAGUGAGCAGCAUGAAAAAGGCAUAGAGAAUGAGAAAAAGUGGGUCAGAGUGUAUAAGCACAAAUACAGUGCUAAGCCAGGUGAUUUUUAAGUGAUUUUAAGUGAGCAUAGGGCCAAUUAGGGCUGUGAUAAUCUGGACAAGGACAUAUACCUUGACUAACUGGUGUAGCUACCCUUGAGCUCCAGCAGAAUUUUUACAUGCAGAAAUGAGCCAGAAAUCUGCAUUUUUAUGAGAAAUUUUUAUUUGUAAAACAUUUGCAAAUAAUUAAAAUUAUUUAAAAUAAUAAAUAGACGAAACAUGUGAAUGGGCCUCAUUCAGCCAGUGGGCUUUCGGCUCAUGGCCUGUGGUGUAGAGCAGUGGUUCACCAAGAGUAGACCCUGACCAGCAGCAUCAGCAUCUCUUGAGAACUUGUGAGAUAUGUAAAUCCAUUCCUUUCGGAUCAGCAACUUGAGGGGUAGAGUACAGCAAUCUGUUUUAAUAAGUUCUCUAGAGAUUCUGAUGCAAGCUAAAAAACCACUCAAAGAACCACUGGAAUAGAGUAUUUUGAAACCUAACAUGGUGCCUAAAUCAUAUUAGAUUUUCAGAAAUUUUUUUUGAAGAGUGGGUGAAGGUAAAUUGAGGGAUAUCAAUUUGGAAGUUGGAAGCUGGUUGGUGCCACAUUAUGGAUUACAUUAAAUGCUGUUUUUAAGGAAUCGAAAGUGAAUAUAUAAUGGCAAGCCAUGGAAGGCUUUUGACUAGGGACAUAUGACUAGAGCUCUGAUUUAAUGUCAUAAUAGCAGCAUUUCAGGGUGGGCAUUGUAGUGAGGGGAAAUUAAAUCUGAAAUUUAGGUUAUGGCUAUAGGAAUAGAAAGAAUAAAAAUAAAACGGACUCUUACAGUACUGUUUUAGCUUGUUGACUGCUUAAUUUCAUUGGUGUUUUGUAUCUGCUGUUAGAGUUAAGUAUUUUAUUAUAAAAAUGCCUUGAAUGUAUGAUAUAUCCCUUUGACAAUUUCAUCUUUAAUCUGUGCUUUGACUUUUCUUUCAGUCUAAUGAAUCUUAUAAUUCUUAUUUGAGGUAAUGUUUUUACAAUAUUAUUCCAGUAAAUCUUUAAGGUAGUAAGCUUUAACUUUUUGAAAUGAUUGAAAGCAAAUUACCAUACAAAAUGUAAUUCAUGUUAUAAUCUUAGCAUGGUACUACUCAGAAUUGUUAAUGAAUGUUCAAUUUGAAUGCUGACUUUGUACAGCUAAAUCAGUUUUCCAGGUGUGUUCUGUGGAACAUUAAUUCUGUGAAAUGUUUUUAGCCAAGUUAUGUGUUCAGAAAAGUGCAAUAUACAUCUUUUUUGGUGGUUAGAUUCUAAUAUAAGUGUGGAAGCUAAAAAUGUAUACUAUAUAAAAUUGCCCUUGAAAAUUUUUUUGCUGCCCAGAAAAUAGUGUAAACAUAGUCUGCUACAGUCUAUUUUUCUCCAGCAGUGUUCAAGAUUGUUGUUUCGUUGCUUAUGUCAUGUGACAGACUUGUUAGCAUGUAGGGACCGAGUAGAAUAAAAACCUUAUUUUACAUAUUUUUAAACAACAGAAUUACACUCAUUGCAGUGAGUUUACUGCAGCAGUUUUUCUGAGUCAAUCUUGUUUAAUUUUAAUCUGCAAAAAUUAAAGUGAAUGUGGUUCUGCUCCAUUUUCAUUGCUCCAUCUCCCCACCUAUGCAAUUAUAAUUAGCAUAGUAUAGUUUAUGGGAAUUUCUGUGUAAAGAAGACUUGUUUGAUGACUGAACUCUUUUUAGAGGCUGUUUAUUAUUAUCUUGCAGAGUAUCUUAGGGAAAUUAUGAGCUAAAGCUUUUUUCUUUUUCUUUCUAUAUUGAGACUUUUUUGAGUUUUUGACUACUUACCAACUUACAUUAGCAGUUUUUGCUGAGGACAAGUUUCACUAAGGGGAAUAUAUAAGGGCAAAUUCUAUUAGUACCAAUGGAAUACAAUUGAAGCCACCAGACAUCCUACUAUAGAGAACUGUUUGGGGCUGUGAGUUUACUUACGAAAUGUAAUGCUGGAAAAACAUAGGAAAGAGUGUUUUUAUUUUUAAAAUGUAGACUUGGUUCUGUAGAAAUACUAUUUCAUCCAAUAUAUUAGAAAUUUAGAUAGUGCCUAGUUAUUCUUGCCACCUUCUUGUCUUUUCUUAUCCAUUUGAACUUAAAUGGAUGUUUGUUUUUUUACAAGUUAUGAUUUUAUAAACCUAGGUAUGAUUUAUAGUGACAUUCUGAAAAAGUUAAUGAAGCUCUUUCAUUUCUAACAAAUGCCAGAUUUCUUAAAAUAUUCAAAUUAAAUAUUUUCCUUUUUUGUAUAAUGCGACAUCAACUUGGUGUUAUUUUAUUUUUGAAAGAUUCACUCUACCCUAUUGCCUCUUUACUUACAUGAAAAUGUUUGAAAUAUGAAUUAUUUUCCAUGUGCCUUCUUUUAAAGUAAUGUCAAGUUUUAAAUAGAUAUGUUUAAAUAAUUAAGUGUGGUAAAUUGUAAUUAAUAUAUACUGUAGAUGAUAGUGGUUAAAUGUGUUGUUAAUACAUGUUCUUUUAAAUACAUGGUAAUACAUUGUACUACUCUUUGUGUGUGCCAUGAAACAAAGAAUUCAGUACUAUAGAGGUAAAUUUUUUUGAUGAGGCAUAAUUGAAAUAUAUUUCUUUAGGUGAUAUAAUAGAUGCCAAAUGUACCAUGUCUAAAUUUCAUAAUAUAUUUAUUUUUUUCAAAUGUUAAGAUUCACAAAUUCUCAAAAUCAAUUAAAUAUUUGAUGGUGACUUUGAUUGUAAAUAGUUAAAAAUAAUUAGAUGAAAUAUGGUUGCAGUACUUAACAAAUACAAAAGAGUAAAUUCUUAAAAUAUGCAACCUAAUUAAACAUUAGCAGUCAUGCUAGAUCUUGUAUAUAAUUUUGAGAAAUUGGUUCCGUAUUUUUUAAUGUAUCUUCUUAAAGUUGUUUCAUUAAAAGUAGCAGCUAUAAUGUGAAUUUAUAUAAUUUAUUUUUAGUUUUCAAUUCCUUUGUAAAUAGUAGAAAGCAAAGUAAAUAAAUAAAUAAAAAUACCACCCAAGUUAGCCCAAACAAUUUAAACUAAAAUGGAUGUAUCAUUAGACUUACACUUUGUUAGUAGAUCUUUCAUGAGUGUGAAUUCACCUCUGUUACAAAGAUUAAGAAAUCCUUCAAAUGUAUAGAAACGAAAAAAUUUAUAGUAAACAUUCAUAUGCCUACCACCUACAUUCUACAAUUAAUGUUUUGCUGUAUUUGCUUUAUCACAUGUUUAUCUGUCUAUCCAUCCAUACAUUUUUUAUUUUUUAAGAAAACUUAUUUUAAAACAAGUUGCAGAAUUAGAAUACUUUACCCAUAAACACUUCAGCAUGAGUAUUAUGAACUGGAGUUCAGUAUUUAUUUGUGUGUUUAUGAUUUUUUAGGUAAGAUUUACAAACAGUGAAAUGCACCAAUCUUAAAUGCACCAUUUGAUGAGUUUUGACAAAUGACUACAUCUGUGUAGCUUAAACCCCCAUCAAGAUUUUAAAAGUUAUCACCCCAGAAAGUUCUCUCCUGCCCUUUCCUAACCAAUACCCUGGUACCUCAGGCAACCACUGUUUUUAAAAAAACACUAAUUUCUAAAAAAACAGAUAAGUUUUGCUUGUUCUAUGACACAGUAUAAUUGAGAUCAUAUAUAGUAUAGAUCCUUUGUUUCUGUUUUUUUCACCCGUCUUAAUGUUUUUAAUAUUCAUCCAUCCUCUAAUCAGUAGUUCAUUGUUUUUUGUGGCUGAGUAGUAUCCAUUUUAUAAAUAUACCACAGUUUGUUUAUCCAUUAUCUUUUGACGGACUUCUGGGCUAUUUCCGGAUUUUGGCUGUUAUGUAUAUUAUUGUAUAAAUGUGUUAUGGACUUAAUGCUGGAUUAAGGAAGAUAUAUGUUUAACUUUUUAAGAAACUGCCAGACCUUUUCUCAAAGUGAUUGUACCAUUUUACACUUCCCUCCAUAGUGUAUGGAUUACUAUUUUUUUAAAUAAAGCUUUGCGUGUUCAUUGAUUGGAAUGUCAGAAUUGAAAUUGAUGAAUAACUUUUUUUGAUAUUUAAAUGAAUUUAAAAUGCUGGGCAGAUAGUUUAGAUAUCUGGGAAUAUUAUAGUUUUACUGAUUUUUUUUCUAUUUUAGCACUUUUUGCCACUUAUUGCAUAUAUGCUUUGACAUGAAGUACUGAGAAAUAUGAUAAAAUGUAUAUAUAGUCCCUGCCAUGCUCAUGAAGUAUCAUUCUGAAAAUGAUCUUUAAUGCAAAGAAAUAACUUCUAGGUUUAUUUUGUACGUAAUGAUACUUGUACUUAGUUGACCUUCAUUCUGUUUUGUUAAAGAAAACUGGAUGAUUAGCAGUUUGAAGUAAUUUG